GGCCGCCGGCGCGCCGCAACAUGAGCAUGCGGGCCCCGCAGGCCGCCCUCGACAGAACAGCCAGUAAAAAGUACUCUCACCUGCCCAGGUUGAGCAGCUUGUCUUCGUUGGGGGAUUCAGCUCCAGAACGGCACUCUCCGGGUCACCGUCGCCAGCCGUCUGACUGCAGUGAAACCACAGGUUUAGUCCAGCGAUGCGUCAUCAUCCAGAAAGACCAGCAUGGCUUUGGCUUCACUGUCAGCGGGGACCGGAUCGUGUUGGUGCAGUCGGUCCGGCCAGGGGGAGCUGCCAUGAAGGCUGGGGUACAGGAAGGGGAUCGGAUUGUCAAAGUCAACGGGACGUUGGUGGCCAGCAGCUCUCAUCUCGAGGUGGUGAAACUCAUCAAAUCUGGUGCUUACGUGGCCCUCACCCUUUUGGGCUCCCCUCCUCCGUCUGCGGGCUUCUCGAGUUCCCAGCAAGAUGGAAACCAGACUGGGCCGCCUCAAGUCAUGCCGACGUGUCCCCCGCCCCCACCUCCACCGCCACUCCCUCCGCCUCAGCGCAUCACAGGCCCAAAGCCCUUGCAGGAUCCGGAAGUCCAGAAACACGCCACCCAGAUUCUCCGAAACAUGCUAAGGCAGGAAGAGGCGGAGCUACAGCACUUUUACGAGGUCUACAGCCGGAACCCGGCAUCCCCUGUUGAGGAGCAGAUAGAAGGCGCUCGGCGGCGGGUUAGCCAAUUGCAGCUGAAGAUCAGGCAGGAGAUGGGGCUCUCAGUGAAGAUGCAGCCUUUGUAAGGUUCCUCUCCCCCCCCCCCCGCCACAGGGUGCUUUUCCUUGGACUCCCAGGAUGGUGACAGCGGCUUGGACUCGGGUCCCGAGCGCUUCCCUUCCGUGAGCGAGAUCUCCCUGAACCGGAAUUCUGUCCUGUCUGACCCUGGCAUGGACAGCCCCCCUCACACCUCCCCGGUCAUCUCUACCAAGGCCUUCCAGCCCCCCUGGGCCCACAGCGCCGACUCUCCUUUCUCCCCUGCGAUAGAACAGGGCACCGACGGAACUCCAAGACCACUCAUCAUCGGCCCCGAGGAAGAUUGCGAUCCAGGAUACUUUAACAACGAGUGCGACUCCCUCUUCCAGGACCUGGGGAGGCUGAAGUCCCGGCCGGCUCACCUCGGGGUUUUCCUGCGCUACAUCUUUUCUCAGGCGGAUCCGAGUCCUCUGCUCUUGUACUUGUGCGCAGAUGUUUGCCAGCAGAUGAACCCCAAGGAGGCUCGGGGGCUCAGCAAGGACAUCUGGAACAUCUUCUUGGACAAGAAUGCGCUCCUGAGAGUGAAGGUCCCUGAUCAGUUACUGGCUGAAAUAGAGUCUCGCCUGCGGAAUGGGGAGGACCCUCAGGGCGCGUUCUCAGAGGUGCAGGAGGCUGUCAUGCCGGAGAUCCAGGAACAAAUCCAGGAUUAUAGGACCAAGCGUACCAUGGGUCUGGGGAGCUUAUAUGGAGAGAACGACCUGAUGGACCUGGACGGAGACCCCCACAGGGAACGGCAAGUGGCCGAGAAGCAGAUCGCUCAUCUUGGGGAAAUACUAUCCAAAUAUGAAGAGGACAGGAGCUCCCCCAUGAGUUUUGCCUUGAGCACCUACAUGAGCCACGUGGGGCUGCGGGUGAGGGAGCCCCGCCCGGCCAGCACAUCGGAGAAGCUGCAGGCCCAGGAGAAGGAGAAAUGGCUCCCGUUCUUCCCCAAGGCCAAGAAGAGCAGCAGCACCAAGAAGGAGAAGGACAGCACGGAGGACAAGAGGCGGAACCCCAUCCUGAAGUACAUCGGGAAGCCCAAGAGUUCCUCCCAGAGCACAUUUCAUGUCCCUUUGUCCCCUGUUGAAGUUAAACCAGGCAAUGUGAGGAACAUCAUCCAACACUUUGAGAACAGCCAGUAUUACGACCCUCAGGAGCCCGGCCUCCAGCGCCUGUCCACCGGCAGCUUCCCCGAAGACCUUCUGGACAUGGAGAGCUCCAGGGCAGAGGUCAAGCUCGGCCGGUCGGAGAGCCUGAAGGGGCGAGAGGAGCUGAAGCGGCUGCGGAAGGCGGAGAACGUGCCCCGCUCCCGGAGCGACGUGGACAUGGAGGCUGCAGCUGAAGCCACCCGGCUCCACCAGUCGGCCUCCUCCUCGGCCUCCAGCCUCUCGGCCAGGUCGCUGGAAAACCCCACUCCACCCUACACUCCCAAAAUGGGGCGCAGGAGCAUCGAGUCCCCGAACUUGAGCUUCAGCACAGAGUCCGCCCUGCCCCACGUCCUGGAGGACGACUUCAGCCACGUCUCGGACCUGGAACUGGAGCUGGACUCCCAGAACUGGCAGCACACUGUGGGCCGGGACGUGGCGGCCUUCCUGCCCCAGAGGGAGGUCGACCGCCAGGAGGUCAUCAACGAGCUGUUUGCGACGGAGGCCUCCCACCUGCGGAUCUUGCGCGUGCUGGACCUCGUCUUCUACCAGCGCAUGAGGAAGGAGAACCUGUUGUCUCGCGAGGAACUGGCACUGCUCUUCCCCAAUCUUCCAGAGCUGAUCGAGAUCCACAAUUCUCUCUCUGAAUCGAUGAAGAGGCUCCGGGAGGAAGGACCCGUGGUCAAGGAGAUCGGGGACCUCAUGCUGUCUUGGUUUGACGGGCCGGCACGUGAGGAGAUCCAGCAGGUGGCCGCUGACUUCUGUGCGUACCAGUCCACGGCCAUUGAGCUGAUCAAAACCAAGAAGCGGAAGGAGACUCGCUUCCAGCUGUUCAUGCAGGAAGCCGAGAGCAAUCCACAAUGCCGCCGCCUGCAGCUGAAGGACCUGCUCAUCUCGGAGAUGCAGCGCCUGACCAAGUACCCGCUGCUGCUGGAGAACAUCAUCAAACACACCCCUGGGGAGACUCUGGAACACAAGAAGCUGUGCCGGGCCCGGGACCAGUGCCGGGAGAUCCUGAGGUACGUGAACGAGGCCGUGAGGCGCGCAGAGAACCAGCACCGCCUGGAGGCCUACCAGAAACGCCUGGACGCCACCUCACUGGAGCGCACCAGUAACCCGCUGGCGGCCGAGUUCAAGAAUCUUGACCUCCGAAGUCGGCGCAUGAUCCAUGAGGGACCACUGAACUGGCGCAUCAGCAAAGACAAGACCGUGGAGCUGCACGUCCUGCUGCUGGAAGAUCUCUUGGUGCUUCUGCAGAGGCAAGACGAGAGGCUGGUGCUGAAGUGCCACAGCAAGACGGACACCAAGCAGACCUUCAGCCCCGUCCUCAAGCUCAACUCUGUCCUCAUUCGCUCGGUGGCCACAGAUAAGAGAGCCCUCUUCAUCAUCUGCACCUCAGAGUUGGGACCCCAGAUCUAUGAGCUGGUGGCUUUGACCUCGUCUGAGAAGAACACGUGGAUGGAACUGCUGGAAGAGGCGGUGAAAGGCACCACGCGGAAUGCCACUUUCCCCCCCAAGCACCGUUCGCAGGAGCGGUCUGUGCCCCGCCCAGCACCUGCCAGUCUAGUGCUCCAGGAAGCAGAUAUCUCCCCCAGCCUGGCCCAUGGAGAUGGCGCUUCCAGCCAAGAUGCAGAAGAAGAGGGCGCUUCAGAUGAGACCCCCACGGAGGCCCUGGACGCAGAGAAGCACCCAGUGCUGCCGGGAGAGACCGAAGACAGCCAGGAGGAAGGGGAAGAAUUGCUGCCGGUCGCAUUGGGAGGCGAGGAGAUGCCAUCUGAGGAGGAAGGGCCUGGGCUCAGCAGGCCUCUGGAGCCCCUUCCAGCACCUGCCGUGGCGGCAAGUCUGGCCGAGUCGGCCUUGGAGGACGUGGAAACCCUGCGCAGCCUCCUCCUUCAGAAGCUCCUGCCCUACCAAGACCCUGACCCCGAAGAGGACCUGACCCCGACUCCGUCCGUGGUUGGUUCUGUGGUGCUGGCCCGACAGGACUCGGGAAGUCGGGAUCAGUCCGUGGUGGAGGACAGGCACCCCUCUCUGCCCUCUGGCCAUAUGCCGGUGGACUAUGAGCCGGGCAGCGGCAGUCCCGAAGCGCCAGGGGAGCAGCACACGGGGCCGGAGGAUGAGGCAGAGGCCGGCUGUUGGGCGGACAUGACAAACUCUCCUGUCGGUCGGGCAGGCUCUCGGGAGGCAGAGGGGCCCGUGUCUGCCGAAGGACAGGGCAGCUUCCGAGUGGUGCGGAAAGGGAACUACUUCUAUGUUAGCUUUCCAGGCGGUGCUGAGUCCCACACAGAUGCUGGCAGCCCCUGCCCCCCGGAGCCCCCAGACCCUCUAGGCCAGCAAAGGACUGUGUCUUCUGCCGGGCCACAUGGCUCCCAGCGGCACCCCGAGGAGAGCCCCCUGCGGCUGAAUGCCCUUUGCGGCUCCGUGCCUCCGGAGCCGCCCCCCUCCAGCCAAGUGACCCGGGACGUGGCCAUGAUCUUCCAGACGAUGGAACGGCUGGCGCUGAAGCUGACCAAGCUAAAGGGUGUGGAAAUGGCCCACCAUCAGCUGCAGCAGUUGCUGAGCGGAGAGGUCUCCGUGGACACCGCCUCUAUGACAGAGGCUCCCGAAGGGCCAUGCAGAACAUCCCCCAACUGCCAGGACAGCCUCCACGGCACCCGCGACUCUUGGCCCUUCCCACAGUCCCCAGCAGCCGAGCCUGACAGCCACCAAGAAGUGACCCUUUAG